CUCUUUCUCUCUCCCCUCUCUAUCAAUUACACCUCUUUUGCCCUCCAUUAAAUGCAAUUGCACCCUCUCAAUACGCUCUGCAAUUACUCUUCGCUGCCACAUUUUCCUCCAUUUGUUCCCCACUUCCCUCUCCUCCUUCAAUGCCCUUGUCCCUAUCUCUUCUUCUUCUCCUCACUUUCUCUCAGUAACACCUCUUCAUGCCAUAGCUUCUUUUUCUUUUCUUUUUUACCAUAUAAGUAAACAUUUUUUUUUUCAAAACUGUCCCAAACCCUUCCUUCAAAACGGUCAUCUCUUUUCAACCCAAAACAGAUCUACACCUUCAUCUUCUACUCCCACUCUCACUGAAAAUCCAAGGGCUCAACUUCUUAAGCUUUUUCUCUAUCCAAGAACCUCUUAGGAGAGAGAAAGUGAUAUAUAUAGAGAGAGAAAGAGUCAAUUCUACAUAUACUUGUUGGUGGUGGUUUUUGAGGCAUGUGAAGUAUGCAAGCCGUUAUUAUGAUGAAUCCGGCGAGAAACAUGCCUUCGAUGAUAGCAAGGAACAACAACAACGUUGGAGGGUUUUUUGGAUCAUCUUCAUCACCUUUCACUCUUGCCCAGCCGAACCUGAUGGACGCGUUGGAGAUGGGUCAGAACACUCCCGAGAGUGAGAUUCCUCGAAUCCGUGAGGAUGAGUUCGACAGUGCCACCAAGUCCGGUAGUGAAAACCAUGAAGGUGCCUCCGGUGAAGACCAAGACCCUCGUCCCAACAAAAAGAAACGUUACCACCGCCACACCCAACACCAGAUCCAAGAAAUGGAAGCUUUUUUCAAGGAGUGUCCGCACCCAGAUGAUAAGCAAAGGAAGGAACUGAGCAGGGAAUUAGGGUUAGAGCCAUUGCAGGUUAAGUUUUGGUUUCAGAACAAGCGUACUCAGAUGAAGACACAACACGAGCGGCACGAGAAUACAAAUCUUAGAACCGAAAACGAGAAGCUUCGAGCAGAUAACAUGAGGUAUAGGGAGGCACUUAGCAAUGCUUCGUGUCCCAAUUGUGGUGGACCAACUGCUAUAGGAGAAAUGUCAUUCGAUGAACAUCACUUGAGACUUGAAAACGCAAGGCUAAGAGAAGAGAUUGAUCGGAUUUCAGCAAUUGCUGCAAAGUAUGUAGGGAAGCCUGUGGUGAAUUAUUCAAAUAUUUCUCCUUCUCUCCCUCCUCGUCCAUUAGAAAUUGGUGUUGGUGGUGCUGGUUUUGGAGGCCAACCAGGGAUUGGUGUGGACAUGUAUGGAGCUGGGGAUCUUCUUAGGUCAAUCAGUGGACCCACUGAAGCUGAUAAGCCAAUAAUCAUAGAGCUAGCUGUUGCAGCUAUGGAGGAGCUUAUUGGAAUGGCACAAAUGGGUGAGCCUCUUUGGUUAACUACACUUGAUGGCACAUCCACUAUGCUCAAUGAGGAUGAGUACAUUAGGUCUUUUCCUCGAGGUAUUGGUCCAAAACCUAGUGGCUUCAAAUGUGAAGCUUCAAGAGAAACUGCUGUUGUUAUCAUGAACCAUGUCAACCUCGUUGAGAUUCUCAUGGAUGUGAACCAAUGGUCCACAGUGUUCUCUGGUAUAGUCUCAAGAGCCAUGACUCUAGAAGUGUUAUCAACAGGGGUUGCCGGGAACUACAAUGGUGCCUUACAAGUGAUGACAGCAGAACUACAACUACCUACACCACUUGUGCCAACUCGUGAGAGUUAUUUUGUAAGGUAUUGUAAGCAACAUGGAGAUGGGACUUGGGCUGUUGUGGAUGUUUCUUUGGAUAAUUUGCGCCCAAGUCCUUCAGCCAGAUGUAGAAGAAGGCCUUCUGGCUGCCUAAUUCAAGAAAUGCCAAAUGGCUAUUCAAAGGUCACAUGGGUUGAGCAUGUGGAAGUGGAUGAUAGAGGUGUUCACAAUCUUUACAAGCAGCUUGUUAGCUCCGGACAUGCAUUUGGUGCAAAACGUUUGGUGGCAACCUUAGAUCGACAAUGUGAAAGACUCGCUAGUGCCAUGGCAACAAACAUUCCCACUGUAGAUGUUGGUGUGAUAACAAACCAAGAAGGGAGAAAAAGCAUGAUGAAGCUGGCUGAAAGAAUGGUGAUAAGCUUUUGUGCUGGAGUGAGUGCUUCCACUGCUCACACAUGGACAACACUCUCAGGGACAGGUGCUGAUGAUGUAAGGGUUAUGACUCGAAAGAGUGUGGAUGACCCUGGAAGACCCCCUGGCAUUGUUCUCAGUGCUGCCACUUCUUUUUGGCUUCCUGUUCCUCCUAAACGAGUCUUUGACUUCCUCCGUGACGAAAACUCUAGGAAUGAGUGGGAUAUUCUUUCCAAUGGUGGAGUUGUCCAAGAAAUGGCACACAUUGCAAACGGAAGAGACACUGGAAACUGUGUAUCUCUACUACGAGUAAAUAGUGCAAAUUCAAGCCAGAGCAACAUGUUGAUAUUACAAGAGAGUUGCACCGAUUCAACAGGCUCUUUUGUAAUUUAUGCUCCAGUGGACAUUGUUGCGAUGAAUGUGGUUCUAAACGGUGGAGACCCAGAUUAUGUGGCACUUCUUCCUUCAGGGUUUGCUAUUCUCCCAGAUGGAACCACAUCGCAUGGAAGUGGUGGUGGCGUCAUUGGCGAAACUAGCCCUAGUAGUGGAUCUCUCUUAACUGUUGCCUUUCAAAUAUUGGUCGAUUCUGUUCCAACCGCUAAGCUUUCUCUUGGAUCUGUGGCCACUGUCAACAAUCUCAUUGCAUGCACUGUUGAGAGAAUCAAGGCUUCUUUGUCUGGUGAACCUGCUUGAGCUUCAAGGCUUUUGGAUUCUGCGUUUACAAGAAGGAUCAAAGGGACACAUUGUAUGGUGGAAAAUCAAAAGGUUGCGAGGAACCUCGGCUUAUAUUACAAAGACGGGGAGAAGUCAAGAGCGCACCUUGCAUGAUUCCUUCUCAGUACUCCAAAAGAGUUAUGAGAGGAUUAAGGUUCGGGAAUUGACUUCCCUAGAUAUAGUAAACGUUAAGAGCACAUUUUAAGAUCUUGCUACCCUUUACCAUUUCCAAGACUACAUAUAUAGCCAGCUAGGAUUAACCUUUUGGGUAACUAGGGUUUAACAUUAAUGUAAAACUCUUGUCUUUUUCAAUUUCUGAUUUUGUGUGAUUUAGAAGUAGUAGCACUGGCACUAGUUGGUGGGAAGUUUACAUUUAGUACACAGACUAAUUUCUCACCAAACCUCCUUUUUUAAAAGGUUUUGCAAUGGAUCUUUCCUUUCCGCGAGUAA